AUGGAAUAUAAACCUAUCAAUUAUAAUUUUCAACACACAAAAUCGUACUCUGGUCCACCAACAUUAAGUCAGAGUAAUUUAAUCGAGGAUGCGUCUAUACGAAAGAAUGUUGUUUUCGAUGAUAAACUGGAAAUGACUACUAGUACCUUUGAAUUAAAUGAUAGUUUACCGCAACCUCCAAUUUUACGUUCAACCGCAUUACAUGAUCUAGGAGCCACCGGUUUAUCCGGUGAUGAUCCUGUUAAUCGAUCAAAUAUUGCAACAUUCCAGAAUACAUUUCUUAAUUCUACUAUUCUUGAUCAAACAGCUUAUGCACUUCGUCGUGCAAUCGUUGAUAGUACUGAUAGUCCCGAUAUGAUAAGUUUUGAAUGUGAAACACCUCUAUUCUGCUCAAAGGCUGUUGUUGAUUUUGGUGCCACCAAUGCUAUUGGUGAGAAACCAGCUAUGAAAUUCAUGACAGUUAGCUCUGAUCCAUCUAUAGUGGCCAAAAUUACAUGUUAA